AUGCAGUUCACUCAGAUGAUGUGCGCCUCUUUGUUAGCAAUCGUGUUGGGCCAAUCAAUCCUUGCAGCUCUCAUGACAGCAGCGGCCCUUUACAAACCAAGGAGUUCGACUAUGGGUCACAAUUCAAUUAUCAGUUAUCCCAAGGAGAGACUUGAUGGGCGAUUGCUAACACUACUUCAAGGGUUUUUCAGCUCUGGAAUAAAAUCUGAUCCAGCCUACAGCUUAAGCCAGAUUCUCGCCAAUGGCACCUUCAUGGGUCCAUUUGAGCGCAAGGACACGUUUGAAAUUCAGGCCAACCUGAAGAACGUCACCAAAUCCAUUGCCAUCUCAAAAUUACUGCGCUCGAUGAAUGCUUUUGUUACGAUCUCGAACGACCCCCAUCCAAACAAGCGAUGGAACUCCAAAGAUGUUCUCUUUUACCAUAGUCCCAAGGGAAACAAAUUGCAAAAAAUAUAA